AUGGCCCUUAAUCCCCAUCUUUGCGAGGAUAAACAACUUUUGAAUUGGCUCAACCGACUACUUCUUUCGGAAUAUGAGCGAAUUGAGAAUCUGAAAAAUGGCGCGGCCUAUUGUCAAUUGAUGGACAUGCUGUUCCCGCAAUCCUUGAUCAAUUUGCGAGAAGUUUUCUUUUCAACCACAUGCCCUAGAGAAAGCCGGAAAAAUUUAAAAUUAUUUAGCAAGGCUUUGGAGAAAAUGGACAUAAAGAGAGAAUUGCCAGUUCUCGAGCUGAUUCGUGGCAAUCACUCACAAAAUCUGCAACUCCUCAAAUGGUUUAAGUCCGUCUACGAUCUGAACUACACGGGCCGCAAUUACGACGUUUUGAAAGAGCGGAACGGAUGUCGCAUGGGUUACAUAGAGAAGGAGAAGCUCGAGUCGGCUAGCACUCAACAAAUAGCAUCACCAAAAUGCACGGUGCCCAAAGCCAAGAUCAGUUCGGUAAAAGAUGUUUCGCACGAGCCGGAUAACCUGACUACUGCAGAGAAGGUUGUCUUAUUGAAGGCCAAGGCGCAAAAGGCACGUGAGGAGUUGAAAAGGAUGGAAGCAACUCGUGACUAUUAUAUCCGUAAGCUGAAGUACGUCGAGCAGCUAUGCAAUUUAUUUGAAUCGCCAUCGCAGCAGCGCCAAUUAAUCGAUGUUGUGACCAAAACUCUUGCCGAAAUUGUCAUGGCUGCCAACCGCGACGAAGAGCAAUAA